AGACGAAGACGACAGCCUCUUUUCUGGGUCUGGGUUUGGGUUUGGGGUAUAUGCACUCAGACUCAGUCACUCGGCUACUCCUUCAGAACAAAAAUUGGAGUUCUAUGCUCGUAAACUCUCACUUACCUCCAAAUUGACAAACCCUAAAACACAUGCUCUGAACACUGAAACCACAAUGGCACUUGGAUUCCCAAUCGGAAAUUGAAGCUUGAAGAAACCAGCUAGGUUUUGCUCUUCUCCUUCCAUUGAGUGUUCCUGAGCAGGCUAUUGGUGAACAACCACUUACUCCUUGGCUUUUGGAUCUCGCUUGUUUUAUUGACGCUUCGGUGGGGAUAGCCAUGAGGAACUCUUGAUAGUCAGCCCAAAAGGAAUGAUAUAGUUGUUCAUAUCUUUCAGAAAACUGUCAUGGACACUGAAGUGGUGGUAGAUGUUGAGGGGGAAAACAUGGAACAUCACAUGGAAGAAAACACUGAACCAGGUGAAAAGCAGAAUGUAAAUCAAAAUUUUACAGGGAGGGAAAUAAGUAUUCAGGAUGAUGGGAAUACUAAGCCACAUGUGGGAAUGGAAUUCGAAUCAGAGGAGGCUGCCAAGACUCUUUAUGAUGCAUAUUCCAGGCAUGUAGGUUUUAGCACACACGUUGGUCAGUUCAGUCGUACUAAGCCUGAUGGACCAAUUGUGACAUGGGACUUUGCAUGUUCGAGAGAGGUAUUCAAAAGAAAGAAUGUAGAAAGCUGCAAUGCCAUGCUACGUAUAGAGAGAAAGGGUGCAAACAGUUGGGUUGCGACGAAGUUUGUUGAGGACCACAACCAUUCAAUGGUAAGUCCUAGUAAGGUCCAUUACCUUCGACCCCGUAGGCACUUUGCUGGUGCUACAAAGAAUACAGCUGAGACUUUGGAUGCCACUACUGAUGUUUACUUUGCCACAGAGGGUAAUCAUGUCUCUUAUGAACCCAAUCGUGGAGGUAGGAGUGUCUCCCCUGUAGAACCAAAUCACCCUGCAAGGAAUCUUGGGCCUGUUAACUAUAUAAGGCCGUCUAGCCGAAAGAGAACACUUGGACGAGAUGCUCAAAAUCUUCUUAACUAUUUCAAGAAGAUGCAGGCUGAAAACCCUGGCUUCUAUUAUGCUAUCCAACUUGAUGAUGAGAACCGAAUGACUAAUGUCUUUUGGACUGAUGCAAGAUCUAGGACAGCUUAUAAUAACUUUGGUGAUGCUGUAAUUUUUGAUACAAUGUAUCGACCAAAUCAGUACCAAGUCCCAUUUGCUCCUUUCACUGGUGUAAAUCAUCAUGGUCAGAUGGUAUUGUUUGGUUGUGCAUUACUUCUAGAUGAGUCCGAGUCUUCCUUUACUUGGCUGUUUAGGACAUGGCUUUCUGCCAUGAAUGAUAAGCCUCCUGUGUCUAUAACUACAGACCAAGAUAGAGCCAUACAAAUAGCAGUUGCUCAGGUAUUUCCACAAACGCGGCACUGCAUAUGCAAGUGGCAUAUUUUAAGAGAAGGACAAGAACGACUGGCUCAUACAUAUCUUGCUCAUCCUUCCUUAUACGGAGAGCUAUAUAGCUGCAUCAACUUUUCAGAGACAAUUGAGGAUUUCGAAUCAUCAUGGGCGUCCCUUCUUGAGAGAUACGAUCUUCUAAGGAAUGACUGGCUGCAGGCAGUGUAUAAUGCUCGAAAGCAAUGGGCCCCUGUCUAUUUUCGUGGUACUUUCUUUGCUGCAAUUUUCUCAAACCAAGGUGUUAGUUCUUUCUUUGAUGGCUAUGUGAAUCAACAAACAAGUAUACCUCUGUUUUUUAAGCAGUACGAAAGGGCUCUAGAACUUUCAUUAGAAAAAGAAAUAGAAGCAGAUUAUGAUACAAUGUGCACAACACCAGUACUAAAGACACCAUCACCAAUGGAACAACAGGCAGCUAACCUGUAUACCAAAAAGGUUUUCGCAAAGUUUCAAGAGGAAUUGGUAGAAACAUUUGUUUAUACUGCAAAUAAAAUUGAGGGUGAUGGACUGGUUAGUAAAUACAGGGUUGCAAAAUAUGAACAUGAUGACAAGGCAUAUAUGGUCACAUUAAAUGUCUCCGAGAUGAAAGCAAGCUGCAGCUGUCAGAUGUUUGAAUAUUCGGGUAUCCUCUGUAGACAUAUUUUGACUGUCUUCACGGUGACAAAUGUUCUCACCCUUCCACCACAUUACAUAUUGAAGCGAUGGACAAGAAAUGCCAAAUCUGGGGUUGGACUAGAUGAACAGAGUUCAGAGAACCAAGGUAUUGAAACACUAAACAUGCGCUUUAACAAUUUAUGUCGGGAAGCCAUUAAAUAUGCAGAGGAAGGGGCAAUUGCUGUGGAGACUUACAAUGCAGCAAUGAGUGCUCUACGAGAGGGUGGGAAAAAGAUUUCUGUUGUGAAGAAAAACGUUGCUAAAGUCACACCUCCUAGUUCUCAGGCCAGUGGAAAUAUACAAGAAGACAAUAUGAAGAAAUCCCCACUGCCUCUUGGCGAAAUGGCCCCCUCGUUGUGGCCUUGGCAAGAAGCAUUGCCACAUCGCUUUAAUCUUAAUGAUGGAGGAGUUCCUGUUGCUGAUUUGAAUCAACCCAGCAUGGCCCCCGUCUCUAUUCACCCUGAUGGUGCCCAUCCUGAUAACACGGUUGUCCUUACUUGUUUCAAGUCCAUGGCAUGGAUCAUAGAAAAUAAGAAUUCAACAUCAGCUGGGAAAGUGGCCGUUAUCAACUUGAAGCUCCAAGAUUAUGGCAAGAACCCUGCAGGCGAGACAGAGGUACAAUUUAGGCUAACAAGAGUUACACUUGAGCCUAUGUUAAGAUCGAUGGCCUAUAUCAGUCAGCAGCUCUCUGCACCAGCCAACAGAGUUGCUGUCAUCAAUUUGAAGCUUCAAGAUACAAAGACAACUUCUGGAGAAACGGAGGUCAAGUUUCAAGUGUCCAGAGAUACACUAGGUUCCAUGUUGAAAUCAAUGGCUUACAUCCGUGAGCAGCUAUGACAAAUCGAGCUUCAUUCUGAUAUGAAGUCUGUAAAGAAGACUUAUUCGUUUGCCAACCUCCAAAACGAAUAAUCGAAUCUAGGCUAUCUCUGUAUAAAAGGCGCAAGCGAUAGAGAAGUGAAGAUAUGUUGGACUAUGGCCAUGGGCGUACGAUGCCAGUGUUCCAUGAAGAAAUUUAGUUUAGUUGUAGUUAGGUGUUCUAUUCCUUGGACCACAUCUAGUUUAGUUGUAGCUAAGGUAUAGAUGGUUUUCAUGUAACCUUGUUUUGGAUGCUGGUAUGUACAUGCUAGUUGUGAAUGCCCACAUGCAAUGAGCCUUGCCUUGCAUAUAUUUUGUAUCUGAAAUCCAAA